UCGGCCCCCGCCCCGUCCCUCCCCCUGGGCGGGGACCCGCCCGCUCGCCGUCAGCUUAGGUUGAGGCUCCCUGCGUGUCUAUAACUUUGUGCUUGUGCCUCGGCCGCCCUGCUCGUGGAAGGGAGGAGGAGGAAUGUGGAAGGCGGCGGCGCGCAGGCUGACAGGCGGUUCCUCGGGCGGGCUGCGGCGGCGGCCGGAGCGCCUCUCCCUCGCCAGGGUCGCGCGCCCUGCCUUCGCCGUGCCCGGGGCCCGCGCGGGAUUGUGCGUCCUCCCGUCUCGUCCCUGAAGGGAAGGAACCGAGGCGGUAGCAGCAAUAGCGGCGGCGCCCGGGAUCCCGAGCCUUCGCGGCGCCCCCGGGCCUCCCCCGCCGCACCCCGCCCGGGCGCGAGAGGAGAGCGCCGGAGCCCGAGCCGCGGGCGGGCGGGCGGGCGGCGAAGAUGGCAGAGGCUUCGGCCUCCCCGCUCCAGGUCUCUCCCCUGGAAGUAGAGGUGGACCCGGAGUUCGAGCCCCAGAGCCGUCCGCGCUCCUGUACAUGGCCCCUGCAGAGGCCGGAGCUCCAGGCCAGCCCGGCCAAGCCCUCCGGGGAGACAGCCGCCGACUCCAUGAUCCCCGAAGAGGAGGACGAUGAAGACGACGAGGACAGCGGCGGCCGGGCCAGCUCAGCCAUGGCGAUCGGGGGUGGCGGGAGCUGCACCUUGGGCUCCGGGCUGCUGCUGGAGGACUCAUCUCGGCUGCUGGCUCCCGGAGGGCAGGACCUCGGGUCCGGGCCAACACCCGCGGUGGGCGCGCUGAGCGGGGGGACGCAGACGCCGUUGCAGCCUCAGCAGCCACUGCCGCCAGCGCAGCCGGGGGCCGCCGGGAGUUCCGGGCAGCCGAGGAAAUGCUCUUCGCGGCGGAACGCCUGGGGGAACCUGUCCUACGCCGACUUGAUCACUCGCGCCAUCGAGAGCUCUCCGGACAAGCGACUCACUCUGUCCCAGAUCUACGAGUGGAUGGUGCGCUGCGUGCCCUAUUUCAAAGAUAAGGGCGACAGCAACAGCUCUGCGGGCUGGAAGAACUCUAUCCGGCACAACCUGUCCUUGCACAGUCGGUUCAUGAGGGUCCAGAACGAGGGCACCGGCAAGAGCUCCUGGUGGAUCAUCAAUCCCGACGGGGGCAAGAGUGGCAAGGCCCCCCGGCGGCGGGCCGUCUCCAUGGACAACAGCAACAAGUACACCAAGAGCCGAGGCCGAGCCGCCAAGAAGAAGGCAGCCUUGCAGACCGCGCCAGAGUCUGCAGAUGACAGUCCUUCCCAGCUCGCUAAGUGGCCGGGCAGCCCCACCUCACGCAGCAGCGAUGAGCUGGAUGCUUGGACAGACUUCCGUUCACGUACCAACUCCAACGCCAGCACAGUGAGCGGCCGCCUGUCCCCUAUCAUGGCAAGCACAGAGCUGGAUGACGUCCAAGACGACGACGCACCACUGUCCCCCAUGCUCUACAGCAGCUCGGCCAGCCUGUCACCCUCCGUAAACAAGCCAUGCACCGUGGAGCUGCCGCGGCUCACCGACAUGGCAGGCACCAUGAAUCUGAACGACGGGCUGGCCGACAACCUCAUGGACGACCUGCUGGACAACAUCACGCUCCAGUCAUCCCAGCCCUCGCCCACCGGAGGGCUCAUGCAGCGCAGCUCCAGCUUCCCAUACACCGCGAAAGGGUCUGGCCUGGGCUCUCCAACCAGCUCCUUUAACAGCACAGUGUUUGGACCCUCGUCUCUGAACUCCUUGCGCCAGUCCCCCAUGCAGACCAUCCAAGAGAACAAGCCAGCCACCUUCUCUUCCAUGUCACACUAUGGCAACCAGACACUCCAAGACCUGCUCGCUUCUGACUCGCUCAGUCACAGCGACGUCAUGAUGACCCAGUCAGACCCCUUGAUGUCCCAGGCCAGCACCGCGGUAUCUGCCCAGAACUCUCGGCGGAAUGUGAUGCUUCGCAGUGACCCGAUGAUGUCCUUCGCUGCCCAGCCUAACCAGGGGAGUUUGGUCAAUCAGAACUUGCUCCACCACCAGCACCAGACCCAGGGCGCUCUAGGUGGCAGCCGUGCCUUGUCGAAUUCUGUCAGCAGCAUGGGCUUGAGUGACUCCAGCAGCCUUGGGUCUGCCAAACACCAGCAACAGUCUCCCGUCAACCAGUCUAUGCAAACCCUCUCGGACUCUCUCUCAGGCUCUUCCUUGUACUCAGCUAGUGCAAACCUGCCCGUCAUGGGCCACGAGAAGUUCCCCAGCGACUUGGACCUGGACAUGUUCAAUGGGAGCUUGGAAUGUGACAUGGACUCCAUUAUCCGAAGUGAACUCAUGGAUGCAGAUGGGUUGGAUUUUAACUUUGAUUCCCUCAUCUCCACACAGAAUGUUGUUGGUUUGAACGUGGGGAACUUCACAGGUGCUAAGCAGGCCUCAUCUCAGAGCUGGGUGCCAGGCUGAAGGAUCACUGAGGAAAGGGGAAGUGGGCAAAGCAGACCCUCAAACUGACACAAGACCUACAGAGAAAACCCUUUGCCAAAUCUGCUCUCAGCAAGUGGACAGUGACAGCGUUUACAGCUUAACACCUUGUGAACCCUGCGCCAUUUUCCUAGCCCAGCAGAGACUGUUAAUGGCCCCUUGCCCUGGGUGAAGCACUUACCCUCGGAACAGAACUUUACGAAGUAUGCAAAAUCUUCCUUGUCUGGAGUGGUGAGCCACCUGCCAUGGAGGACAGCACCCCGACAGCACCACCUACUCAUUCAGAGCACACCAGGAGCCCCCUGUUGCCGAUUCUGUGGUGUUUUAAUAUCGCGAUGGUUUGUGGGAUGUUUUAAAUGUUGUUUUUCUGUUUGUUUUCCUUUGACUUUCUGAGUUUUUCACACGCAUUAACUUGCAGUACUUUUCUGUUAAAAUGUUAACCAUCCUUUCCCUGGCUGAUUUGAAAACAGAAGAAAAAUAUUGUACCAGUUACCAUUCUGGCUGUGGGCAUCACAAACUUUUGAGCCCGUGGGGCUCCAUACCUAACAUAUUACAUAAACUAUAGGGGGAUUCUCUUUCUUUUGUUUGGUAGAAAAUUAUCCUUUUUUAAAAACUGAGCAAUGGCACAAUUGUUUGCAGUGCGCACCGUCCAGGCCUGAACCACACCCAGGUGACAGGAGGAGCACGAGGCACCGGCCCAGUCCGAGCGCUUGCGGUUCCGAGCCGGGGCGGUGCGAGGCUGAGCCCCUCAGCGCCUGCACAGUGGCGGCCGGGUCGGCAGGGCUGUGGGCUUCUGCAUGGUGGACAGUGGGCCUGUUGGGUAGAAACUAGGGUCUUUUCAGGAAAGAAGCCAGCUCAGCUGUCCUUUCAAUUGCCAAAUGCCACUAAGGGAUGUAUUUUUAAGGAGGAACACAAAGGUGUCCUGGUUUGCUCUGCAGAAGAACUUCCAAGUGAGUGUUAAGCUUGCAGUGAGACGUGUGUAAAGGACACAUCAAGAUGCUGGGCAGGUCUAACUUCACUGUUUGGAAAUGCACACCCUCGAUUAUUUUCAGCCUGCUGUGUAUAAUCUGACCUUCUAGAGUACACGAGUGGAAGGCAGUAGCAUACAAACUGACUUUUUGUAUAAACCCAGCUUAUAACUGUACAAGUGACACAGUGGAAGAAUAAGAUAAGGCAGUUUUAACUUUUAUUUUUCCUUCUUUUUUUUAAACUUCUGCUUCUACGGAUUUCAUUUUGUUUUGAAAAAGUUAUGGUGCUGUAUAGGUGCUUUCUGUUUUACUUGGGAAGUGUGAUUAUGUUUGUUACCAUCUUUAGUAGACAGAAUAGUGGGGAACAUCUUUGGUACAUACAAAACUGGUGUAAUACGGCCCUAAUUAGCACAGCAAAUACAUGUCUCCAAAGUGAUAUAUGAAGACUAUUUUCUUUGCAUAAAAAAGCAUUAAGCAUAUAAAUGUAUAUUUUGUCAUGUGCAGUACUUAAGUGGAACCUUGUGCGUGGGUAUGAGGAAUAGAGUCUAGUGCUCGGACAGACUUCCCUGCUUGAUCCGGCCGAUGCUUGUGCUGUGGCUGCGGACACCAACCCAGUCGUGCCACCUGACCCCUGUACCCCAACCGGCCACCAGGGACCCCCUGGUCAUCUGUGCUUUAUAACUACUUCGGGGAUGAGACUGGUGGUGAUCACAGCUCCUAGCAUAAUGCGUUCCAUUUGGUAUUGUCAGACAUCUCUUGCCUCGCUUGGAUUGUCAUAUUCGAGCGAUGGCCUUGUUGAUUUCACCCUGCCUCUUACUGAAUCUGUAAAUUGUGCAGUUGUGAUUAUCGUAGACCUAUAGCAUAUCACCUUUUCUAAACUGCUACACAUUUAUAAUCUUCAUUUUAAAGGUGUAUGAUUUUUUAAAAUAUGUAUUCACCUAGUCUGGUUGUCAGUGAGCCAGACUUGCUUACUGUAUUCCUUUAUAAUAAUGCUAGCCACUUUGAUUCUUCAGUUAUAUUCAAGAACAGUCCAAAAUCAGCAAAGAGGCCACCUCUCUGGCUUCCUGAGUGAUGCUACGUGGGUGACAGCAGCUCGGGGGAACAGGAGUGGAGGGGUGGGAAGUUGUCAGAGGCAGGGAGAAUCCAUCGGCCCUGAGCUGCUCUCCUGAGUUCAAACUAGCUACUUGUCUAUGCAGUUUUAUAAAUUGUGGCCAGAGCUGCUGUGGGAGCAAAAAAGGCAGCUUUCCAAUGCGUUCCAGCUUUAAAAUGUUGACUUUCUUUCAGAAACAUGAAUGUCCUUUAUUUUCUUCUUUUCCAGUGUUUAUUGGGUUUCAGGGAUAGUGUCUUACAAAGUGGCCUAGAAUUGUGUUAUAAUUUAAUCUGAAACGGCUGGAAGAGGACAGGGCAGCCACAGAAUAGACUGAGAAAGUGGAAGAGGUGUGCUCUGAUUUUUUUUUCUUUUUAAAAUAAUUCAGACAGCAUCCACAUAUGCGGUGUUGUGGAGCUCUAACCCAGGGCCACAAUGAGUGCAACAUCUUACAGAGAGCCUGGGGGAAGGCGGAACAAGAAUCAGAGAGCAGGGCCGGUCUGGCAUCCCACAGCCUCCCUCCCCGCCAGCUGCCUUCCUCUAGCGAGGCCAGCCUCCCCGGGACAGGCUGGGUUCUAAGGCAUCGGACUGGGCAGAACGCAGCCUGAGGCCUCUGUUCUUUAUUUCCGGAUAGGUCAGCUGGUGGGUCCUCGAUUGCCCCCUGAAAGCCUUGUGUCCCUCAUCAUAGAUGUUCUGAUCUGGAGCAUCUCAGUGGAUUCCUUAGCAGCCUUGGGCCAUCAGCAGUAAUGUUGGAGUCCUGAUGAGAGCCAUGGGCGCUGCCUUCCCCUGUUAGCCAGCUACCCGCUUGUGGUGGAAAUCAGGAAGCAGAGACCUAGCACUGAACAUGGGACAUGCACUCUGAGGCUCUCCCUGUGCGGGCUCCAGAGCCUGGUAUCUGUACCAAAGCUAGAAGAGAGCUUUAUCCCAAGCUUUCCCUGCCUUGGCAGGAGGACGGCCCGUGGGUUCAGUGCCCACCAUUAACUGUGAACACGUCUGGUUUCUUCUGUUGCAUCCUCGGCAACAUUCUGAAUGCUGAAUACAUUUUUAAAAAUUGUUUUCAGAAGUCUGACUCGUGAGAGCAUCAUCACACACAUGUAAGGUGUGCUUCAUUUUUGGUGUUUUUAGCAUCCUGUGUGUCACUCCCUCACCUUGAGAGGACAUCGUGGCUCACUACUCGGGACAGGUGUGCCCUAUCUCAGGGUGUGACUUCGGGUGGCUUCUAAACUUGUACACAGUUUAAGGAUUAUAGGGACAGACUUUGCCUCUGUGUAAUGAACUUAUAAUCCACUUAAAAGGAACAUUUGAAUCACUUGGAAAAGUCCAUCAGGAUUAAAGUAGUUUUUAAAAAAACCAAGUACUACGAUGCACUUAUUGGUGCCAAGGGCUGAUGGGAGAAAUCGAAGUGGCACCUUUUCUCCCUCAAAGCAAAAAGGAAAUCCUUGACAGCUCUGAACUCUGAUUUUUCUUUUUCUUUGUGUAUUUGGAUAACAUCGUAUGAUUCAGCAUAAUGUUUUCUUAAUUAAAGAGAAGCAAAACUUUUUGUAGAAACACAAUCACUACUAAAGAGGUACAAAGAGCCAGCCCCACCGAGAGCCUGGUGGAGGCAGGGCAUGGGAAUCAGUUCUUGCCCGUCAAGCAAGAUCCGGAAGCAGCAGCCCAAGCAGCUACAGAGAGCGUCACAUUUGAUCUAAAUCUGAAGUAGGUAACAUUUUAUGCAGGUCGAAUGAAUAUUUUCCUCUCUCUAUGUUUAUUUGUAUGUGUUUUCCUUUGAAGAAUGAUUAAGAGGCCUCUGCCACACUCCAGAAAUACUUGUGCAACUGCUUUUAAAAAACUGUGUGUCUCGUCACUUAUUUCUGUAAAAUUAUCUCAUUGCCUGGCAAUCAGCCUUCUCUUGUAUACGUGUCCCAGCACUUACAUACGUGGGAAAUGUAAACAGAUGGGAAAAGGACCAGAAAAAUUAGUGAGUACUAAGAAAAUUGUAUUGUGCAUUUUGGCUUCACAUGUUUAACUUUUUUUUAAGAAAAAAAGUUGCAUGAAUGGAAAAAUACCUGUAUACAGUAUCUGUAAAACUGUAUUAUCUGUUUCAAUUUCUUGCUCACAACCCGUACAAACUAGAAUUAAAUAUGGUGCAUGGCCAUAUUCAAACACCUAAGAGUCCAGCGGUUCACCCUUUGGUUUGACGCACCUCAUCCUUUCUUUUGAAGCGAACACUAUCAUCUUGCAUUCUUAUCUUGGAGUUUGCCUAAUCAUAUGUUGACAUGAAUUAACUCUGCCACGUUUCUUCUUAAGGAUCAAAACCAGUUUGGGAAUCUUCCCCUUUCCAAAUGGAAUGAAGAUGCAGUACUUACUUUCCUUGGUGUUUGUAGAUAUUGCCUGUGUAUUCCAUUUAAAACCGUAAUCUAGUUUGUAAAAGAUGGUGACGCAUGUAAAUAAAGCAUCAAUGACA